AUGACUCUUAUAGAAGGAAAUUAUAAUUUUAAUGAGAGAUAUGAAUACUCUGCUAUACUACGAUACUUCUUGACCCUGCAGCAGCAGCAGCAGCAGCAGCAGCAGCAGCAGAUGCAGAUGCAGCAGAUGCAGCAGCAGCAGAUGCUGCAGCUAGGGGAUGAGGAACACCAGCAGCAGCAGCAGCAGCAGCAGCAGCAGCAUGAGGUGCAGGAGGAGACAGGAGGAGACACCAUCAGAAGAGCUCGCAGCUGUCUCCUCUCUGCUCUGCAUCUCUUUGAUGGGAGCGGAUCCCGGGCUGUGGGGCAGCAGCAGCAGCAGCAGCAGCAGCAGCAGCAACAGCAGCAGCAGCAGGAGGAGCAGCAGGAGCAGCAUGCUGCUGCUGUUGGUGCUGCUGCUGAGCCUUUUUCCGGCUCUGAAGCCGCAGGCGAAGCAGACACCAGACAGCAGCAGCAGCAACAGCAGCAGCAGCAGCAGCAGCAGCAGCAGCAACGGGGAUUGCUGCAGCAGCAGCUGCUGCGUCUAGGGCAUAUGAUAUAUUUAGAACCUGCUGCUGCUGCUUCUGCUGCUGCUGCUGCUGCUGCUGCUGCUGCUGAGUGGGAUGUAAGCCCAAACUUUAAGCCCUUUGUCUUUAUAACAUCGCCGCAGCAGCUCGAAGAAAUUUUCUCGGGUGUAUGUACAUCUACAUGCACGGAUGCAGCAGCAGCAGCAGCAGCAACAGCAGCAACAGCAACAGCAGCAGCAGCAGCAGCAGCAGAUUGUGUACCUUGUCUUAAUUAUGUUGGAACAGCAGCAGCAGCAGCAGCAGCAGAUUGUGUACCUUGUCUUAAUUAUGUUGGAGUCUCCUUGGGGUAUCUCCUUACUGCAGCAGCAGGCCUUCAUCUCGCAGCAUCUGACCUCGGAGACACCAUGACGCUGCAGUUUGUCUCCUUUUUUGCUGUUGUUGCUGCUGCUGUUAAUGUAUGUGUUGCUGCUGUAUGGCGCAUAGCGGGCUCUGGCUGGGGCUGGGAUGCUUACACAGCAGCAGCAGCAGCAGCAGCAGCAGCAGCAGCAGCAGCAGGGGAUACAGGUGCAGCAGCAGUAACAACAACAGCAGCAACAGCAGCAGCAGCGGGUUCUUCUGCUAUUCCUUUCCCUGCAGCAGCAGCAGCAACAGCAGCAGCAGCAGCAGCAGCAGCAGGAACAGGUGGAGGAGGUCUGUCUUUGCCUGCAGCAUCAUCCCCAUCGCCACCAUCUACAUCAUCAACAGCAGCAGCAACAGCAGCAGCAGCAGCAGCAGGAGGGGGGUAUGCAGGCUCGCUGCUGCUGCUGCUGCAGCAGCUCUUUGGGGGCUUCACAGCACGCACAGCCAUCCCCUGUAUGGUCGAUGCCUUCGGCUUUGCUUCUUCUCUCCCCUCCUGGGCAAACGAAGUUAAAGACGAUGUUCCGGUCAGACACACCCCACACUUUUUUUUUAUCCUUUGUCUUUGUCUUUGUCUUUGUCUUUGUCUGUGUCUUUAA